CUAGGAUUGGCUUACGGCCGGGCGCCUUUUUCGCCAUUCCCCAUUGGUGCAAUGCAUGUCAGAAAACCCGCGAUUUUCGCCCAACAUCAACCUGCCGACAAUCUGCAAGCAUAGGGAAGGAGACUUAGGCCUUGGAUUUUAUUCCCCGAAGCGUUAAAAUGCCAGCCACAUCGGAGGUGCACAGCACCAUGCAUGGCGAGCCUGACUGCCUGGCUCACCACAGCGAGCCUGACUGCCCGCCACAGACAGAAUCAUCUCAGAUCUUCCGUGACGAGCGCGGCUACAUGGACCAGGUUAGAUACAUAAUGCAACACGGGACCCGGAGAGGGGACCGAACCGGGACCGGGGUCAUCUCCUUGUUCGGGUCCCAGGCCAGGUACAGCCUUAGGGACCAGUUUCCCCUUCUGACGACGAAGAAAGUCUUCUGGAAAGCGAUUGUGGAGGAGCUGUUGUGGUUUAUUAAAGGCUCCACUGACGCCAAGGAGCUGUCGGCAAAGGGCGUGAAGAUCUGGGAUGCCAACGGCUCCCGGGAGUUCCUGGACAGCUGCGGCUUCACCUUCCGGGAGGAGGGCGAUCUGGGGCCCGUGUACGGCUUCCAGUGGAGGCAUUUCGGGGCCGAAUACAAGGACCUGCACACAGAUUACACAGGCCAAGGAGUGGACCAGCUCCAGGCUGUCAUAGACACCAUUAAGAAGAACCCAGAAGAUCGGAGGAUCAUCAUGUGCGCCUGGAAUCCCAAAGACCUGCCCCUGAUGGCCCUGCCCCCCUGCCACGCCCUCUGCCAGUUCUAUGUGUGCGAAGGGGAGCUGUCCUGCCAGCUGUACCAGCGAUCUGGAGACAUGGGGCUGGGCGUACCCUUCAACAUCGCCAGCUACUCCCUGCUCACCUACAUGAUCGCCCACAUCACAGGGCUCAAGCCCGGCGACUUUGUUCACACCCUGGGAGACGCCCACAUCUACAUCAAUCACGUCAAGCCUCUGAAGGAGCAGCUCCAGCGGGAGCCCCGCCCCCUGCCCAAGCUGAAGAUCCUGAGGCAGGUGGAGCGCAUCGACGACUUCCGCCCCGAGGAUUUCGAGAUCUGCGGCUACAACCCCCACCCCGCCAUUAAAAUGCAGAUGGCGGUCUGAGCUUCCACAUCACCUGCUCCCUGAUUUCUACUUUAAACAUCCAAUCCUCUUUUUCUACGUUAUUGUUUUUCCUCCUAAAAACGGUAAAUGUUUAUGUGUAUAGGUCCGAGUUAAGAAUUCACAUCUAGACAAUUGUCAAUUUGAUCUUUAUUAUAUUGAAUAAAAGGUUCGGUUUUCAUCAA